UACGGGCAGCAACUCGGACCACUUAGAUUUCGAGUUCGCCUCACGGAGUAGUCUCGCCCGCCCUUUCUGGGGAGAGCAGAUAACCGUGUAAUGGCGACGGGUUUGGUAAGUGAGAAACUUUCGGGCAAGAAAACAAAAGGCUGGCAGUUCUUCGGCAAAGCAGCGGUGUAGCGAGACCGCGGUGAUACGGGCAGAGAGAGCGGAACGAUGGGGCGACGGCGCGCGGACCGAUUGCGAGUGACACCGCGCUGCUGAGGAGAUAUUUGACGGCGACUUGCGUUGUUUUUGUCAGAGUUUUUGUUUUGAUUCGAGCUCUGGGAGACUAGUCUCUGUCCAUCCGUGACGUCUCAGCUUCAUUCAUUGCACCAUCUUGACAGGUCGACAGUGGCCGUGUCCGAACUUGUUGACAUUCCUGCUAAACUGCUUAUAAAACCGUAAAGCUUUGUGGAUUGUUUAUUCUACAGUGCGGACUUCCGUUUUUUAUUCACUUUUGUUUUGUUGUUUCCAGUCUACUUUUGUUCACAAUAAAUUGAACUUGCUAAAGGCACGCAAAGCUUGUGUGGCUUAUUAAACUUUUGUGACGGGGGGGAGGGGGCGACAGGCUAUAUUUUUAGUGUCAGCUCUCAAGGGAGAAAAGAAACAAAAGCAAGAGAAAACUUCUUGGAGGGGCUACAAAUGCAAAUCUACUGAUCUGCGUUUUUAUUCGUUUUAAUAACAUACGUCAGGUAGAGUGACAUGGAAUAAUAUGGUGUGGGAAGUGAAGACAAAAUCUGGGCCCAACACUGUGAAAAAACGUCAGCUACUCGUGGAGGAAACCGUUUCAGGAAUGGAUGAUCCUUUUGAGAUGUUAAAGUGCAACGAAGACCUGCCCUCCUCCCCAGGAUAUGUGUCUAGUGAGAAUCGCAUGGAUUAUGAUGAUCUCCCAGAAUUACAGGCUGUACAAGAAGACACAGGUUCCUCCCCUUUAUAUCAAAUUAGUCCUGGAGUGUCUCAUCAAGAAUGUCCCCGAUCUGUUUGGACACCUCAUACAUCAAGCCUUUUGGAUAGCACUGGAUCCCCAGAUAAUGGCACCAACUGGCUAGCUGAACUGGCAAACAUAGCAACAAGUCCACAAAGUCCAUUAAUGCAGUGCACUUUUUACAACAGAUCUUCUCCAGUACAUAUAAUUGCCACAAGUAACAGCUUACAUUCCUAUGCUCGACCACCACCAUCCAGUGCAGACAGUGAGCCAAACUACUCAAAGAAUCAUUGGAAAGAGCGAUCCAUACAUAAACAUGAGCGGACAAACAGUGAAUCAGAGUCGGGUAUUUUCUGCAUGUCUUCAUUGUCGGAUGAUGAUGACCUGGGAUGGUCCCAUUCCUGGCCAUCCACAGUAUGGCAUUGCUUUUUAAAAGGCUCACGCCUGCGCUUUCAUAAAGGCCAUAAUGUUGAGUGGCAGGAUGUUGAAGAUGUUGCAGAUUCUGAAGAUGAGUUUGAGGAAGAGGGAGACUCCCAAAGUCAUUCCCUGAAGAAUUAUGGGUCUGAAGGUCUAAAAUUAGUGGCGCACGAAGAAAGUGUUUCCUUUGGUCAGUCAGUUCUGAAACUGACAUUUGAUCCAGGCUUACCAGAAUAUGGACUUUUAACAGCAGAGUGCCAGUUGGAUCAUCCUUUUUAUGUUAAAAGCAAAGGUUGGUCUUCCUUCUAUCCAAGCCUGACUGUUGUUCAGCAUGGAAUCCCCUGUUACGAGAUGCAGGUUGGAGACCUAUGCCUACCUCCAGGACAUCCAGAUGCCAUAAACUUUGAUGACUCUGUUGUAUUUGAUACAUUCAGGAGUUACGAUUUUACUCCCUUGGAUUCCUCAGCUGUAUACGUGUUAAGCAGCAUGGCUCGCCAGCGUCGGGCUUCCCUAUCCAGCGGAGGUGCUGUCAGCCCGGACUUUGAACAAUCAAGCAGAGACUUUGUGCCAUCUGGAACAGCCCAGUCUUGUACUUUUUACAGUAAAGCUAACAAAGGUCACAACUCAGGGACAACAACAUCUAACAAGUGCAAAAGACCAAUGAAUGCCUUCAUGUUAUUUGCUAAAAAAUACAGAGUCGAAUAUACACAGAUGUAUCCAGGGAAGGACAACAGAGCCAUAAGUGUGAUUCUUGGAGAUCGAUGGAAGAAGAUGAAAAAUGAGGAGAGGCGAAUGUACACGAUGGAAGCUAAAGCCUUAGCAGAAGAGCAGAAGCGUCUCAAUCCAGAUUGCUGGAAAAGGAAAAGAACAAAUUCCGGCUCACAACAGAAUUAGGCGUCUGAGUUUACCUGCCAUUGCAAUCUGAACUGGAUGAACGUGACGACACAGCGACUGCCUUCACAGUCUCCUAUGAGGUGUUGUUGUGAUGUUUUUUUUUUUUUUCUUUCCAGCUUUCUGUGAUAAAAAUCACAAAGUUUUGCUUUUAUAGGCAAAUACAAAAAAAAAAAAAAAAAAAAAAAACCAAGUUAGACUAUCCAUGUAACGUAGCCUCUUAACUAUGCUUCAAUAUUUUCUUAAUGACCGAGAUGCCUUACUCUUCCAAAGUUUCUUUCAGGUAAUUUCAUGUAUAGGCUUGAAAAACUGAAAACCCUGUGGUGCUAAAGUAGGGAGCAAAGGAGAUGUACACAAAUGUCUAUUUUCAAAUGUAAAAAAGGGGAAUUGAAAAUGCUUUAUUACCGCCAUCCUUUGAAUUCUAUUUGUAUACUUCAUAUUGCACACGUGUAACUCAGUUCUAUCUACCGUAUGUCUGACAGACUGGGGAGGUAAUGUAAUAUUAAAUAUGUAUCUGUAUUUCUCCCCACACAUAUACUUCUGUGGAUGUCUAUGUUGCCAUAUUAUGUACCGUAGUCGAGGGGCGAGCACACGUGACGCCCGGGUGGACGGCCGCUCCGGGUCUUCUUGCACUUUAUUCACUUCAGACAUGUCUUCAAUAAGAGUCCUCUUCUGAACGGCGGUGGUGCCACUGCUGCUUCAGUGUCCACUUAUCUUCUCUGUGACGUUGUACAGGUCGCUGCCCCCGCAAAAACUCUUGCACAAAAUGGUUGUGUAUUAGAAAAUAAAACUGUAAAACUGUAA